AUGGCACAACUCGGCGACGAUGAGAAAUUCCUCUUCGUGGACAAGAACUUCAUCAACAGCCCAGUGGCCCAGGCUGACUGGGUGGCCAAGAAGCUGGUGUGGGUCCCUUCGGAGAAACAGGGCUUCGAGGCUGCCAGUGUCAAGGAAGAGAAGGGGGAUGAGGUGAUCGUGGAGCUGGUGGAGAACGGGAAGAAGAUCACCGUGGGCAAGGAUGACAUCCAGAAGAUGAACCCGCCCAAGUUCUCCAAGGUGGAGGACAUGGCGGAACUGACGUGUCUCAAUGAGGCUUCCGUGCUACACAACCUGAGGGAGAGGUACUUCUCGGGCCUCAUCUAUACAUACUCCGGCCUCUUCUGCGUGGUGAUCAACCCCUACAAGCAGCUGCCCAUCUACUCGGAGAAGAUCGUGGACAUGUACAAGGGCAAAAAGAGGCACGAGAUGCCACCCCACAUCUAUGCCAUCGCCGACACGGCCUACAGGAGCAUGCUGCAGGAUCGGGAGGACCAGUCCAUUCUGUGCACAGGCGAGUCUGGAGCUGGCAAAACAGAGAACACCAAGAAAGUCAUCCAGUACCUGGCCGUGGUGGCCUCCUCCCACAAGGGCAAGAAGGACACAAGCAUCACGCAAGGUCCAUCCUUUGCCUACGGGGAGCUGGAAAAGCAGCUUCUGCAAGCAAACCCCAUCCUGGAGGCCUUUGGCAACGCCAAGACGGUCAAGAAUGACAACUCCUCGCGCUUUGGCAAGUUCAUCCGUAUCAACUUCGAUGUCACCGGUUACAUUGUGGGCGCCAACAUCGAGACCUAUCUGCUGGAGAAAUCUCGAGCCAUCCGCCAAGCCCGGGACGAGAGGACCUUUCACAUCUUUUACUACCUGAUCGCUGGGGCCAAGGAGAAGAUGAGAAACGACCUGCUGCUGGAGGGCUUCAACAACUACACCUUCCUGUCCAACGGCUUUGUGCCCAUCCCCGCCGCCCAGGACGAUGAGAUGUUUCAGGAGACGCUGGAGGCCAUGUCCAUCAUGGGCUUCAAUGAAGAGGAGCAGCUGUCUGUGCUGAAGGUGGUGUCCUCGGUGCUGCAGCUCGGAAACAUCGUCUUCAAGAAGGAGAGAAACACAGACCAGGCAUCCAUGCCUGACAACACGGCUGCCCAGAAAGUUUGCCACCUCAUGGGAAUUAACGUGACAGACUUCACCAGAUCCAUUCUGACCCCACGUAUCAAGGUUGGCCGGGAUGUGGUACAGAAAGCUCAAACGAAAGAACAGGCCGAUUUUGCCAUAGAGGCUUUGGCCAAAGCCACUUAUGAGCGCCUUUUCCGCUGGAUCCUCACCCGUGUGAACAAAGCCCUGGACAAGACCCAUCGGCAAGGGGCUUCCUUCCUGGGGAUCCUGGACAUUGCUGGGUUUGAGAUCUUUGAGGUGAACUCCUUCGAGCAGCUGUGCAUCAACUACACCAACGAGAAGCUGCAGCAGCUCUUCAACCACACCAUGUUCAUCCUGGAGCAAGAGGAGUACCAGCGCGAGGGCAUCGAGUGGAACUUCAUCGACUUUGGGCUGGACCUGCAGCCCUGCAUCGAGCUCAUUGAGCGACCGAACAACCCUCCAGGUGUGCUGGCCCUGCUGGACGAAGAGUGCUGGUUCCCCAAGGCCACGGAUAAGUCUUUUGUAGAAAAGCUGUGCUCAGAGCAGGGUAACCACCCCAAGUUCCAGAAGCCCAAGCAGCUCAAGGACAAGACAGAGUUCUCCAUCAUCCAUUACGCUGGGAAGGUGGACUACAACGCGAGUGCCUGGCUGACCAAGAACAUGGACCCCCUGAAUGACAAUGUGACCUCCCUCCUCAAUGCCUCCUCCGACAAGUUUGUGGCUGAUUUGUGGAAGGAUGUGGACCGCAUCGUGGGGCUGGACCAGAUGGCCAAGAUGACGGAGAGCUCUCUGCCCAGCUCCUCCAAGACCAAGAAGGGCAUGUUCCGCACCGUGGGGCAGCUGUACAAGGAGCAGCUGGGCAAGCUGAUGACCACACUGCGCAAUACCACACCCAACUUCGUGCGCUGUAUCAUCCCCAACCACGAGAAGAGGUCUGGCAAGCUGGACGCGUUUCUGGUGCUGGAGCAGCUGCGCUGCAACGGGGUGCUGGAGGGCAUCCGCAUCUGCCGCCAGGGCUUCCCUAACAGGAUUGUCUUCCAGGAGUUCCGCCAGCGCUACGAGAUCCUAGCAGCAAAUGCCAUCCCCAAGGGCUUUAUGGAUGGAAAGCAGGCCUGCAUUCUCAUGAUCAAAGCGCUGGAACUGGACCCCAACUUGUACAGGAUCGGGCAGAGCAAAAUCUUCUUCCGUACGGGUGUGCUGGCCCACCUCGAGGAGGAGCGGGAUUUGAAAAUCACAGAUGUCAUCAUGGCCUUCCAGGCCAUGUGCCGCGGCUACCUCGCCAGAAAAGCCUUCGCCAAGCGGCAGCAGCAGUUGACGGCCAUGAAGGUGAUCCAGAGGAACUGUGCCGCCUACCUGAAGCUGCGGAACUGGCAGUGGUGGCGCCUCUUCACCAAGGUGAAGCCGCUGCUGCAGGUGACACGGCAGGAGGAGGAGAUGCAGGCCAAGGAGGAUGAGCUGCAGAAGAUCAAGGAGCGGCAGCAGAAGGCAGAGAGCGAGCUCCAGGAGCUGCAGCAGAAGCACACGCAGCUGUCCGAGGAGAAGACCCUGCUGCAGGAACAACUGCAAGCCGAGACAGAGCUGUAUGCAGAGGCCGAGGAGAUGCGCGUCCGGCUGGCAGCCAAGAAGCAGGAGCUGGAGGAAAUCCUGCAUGAGAUGGAGGCCCGCCUGGAGGAGGAGGAAGACCGGGGCCAGCAGCUACAGGCAGAGAGGAAGAAGAUGGCCCAGCAGAUGCUGGACCUGGAAGAGCAGCUGGAGGAGGAGGAAGCCGCCAGGCAGAAGCUCCAACUCGAGAAGGUCACGGCCGAGGCCAAGAUCAAGAAACUGGAAGACGACAUCCUGGUCAUGGACGAUCAGAACAACAAGCUGUCCAAAGAGCGGAAACUCCUGGAAGAGAGGAUUAGCGAUUUAACAACCAAUCUGGCAGAGGAGGAGGAGAAGGCCAAAAACCUGACUAAGCUGAAAAACAAACAUGAAUCCAUGAUCUCAGAACUGGAAGUGCGGCUGAAGAAGGAGGAGAAGAGCCGGCAGGAGCUGGAGAAGCUGAAGCGGAAGAUGGACGGCGAGGCCAGUGACCUGCACGAGCAGAUCGCCGACCUCCAGGCCCAGAUUGCAGAGCUCAAAAUGCAGCUGGCCAAGAAGGAAGAGGAGCUGCAGGCGGCCCUGGCCAGGCUGGAGGAUGAAAUGUCCCAGAAGAACAAUGCCCUGAAGAAGAUCCGGGAGCUGGAGGGCCACAUCUCAGACCUGCAGGAGGACCUGGACUCAGAGCGGGCCGCCAGGAAUAAGGCUGAGAAGCAGAAGCGAGACCUGGGGGAGGAGCUGGAGGCACUCAAGACAGAGCUGGAGGACACGCUGGACACCACGGCCACCCAGCAGGAGCUCCGGGCCAAGAGGGAACAGGAGGUGACGGUGCUGAAGAAAGCUCUGGAGGAGGAGACGCGGUCCCAUGAGGCGCAGGUGCAGGAGAUGAGGCAGAAACACACACAGGCUGUGGAGGAGCUCACCGAGCAGCUGGAGCAGUUCAAGAGGGCCAAGGCGAACCUCGACAAGACCAAACAGACACUGGAGAAGGAGAACGCGGAUCUGGCUGGCGAGCUGCGGGCCCUGGGCCAGGCGAAGCAGGAGGUGGAGCACAAGAAGAAGAAGCUGGAAGUGCAGCUGCAGGACCUGCAGUCCAAGUGCAGUGAUGGCGAGCGGGCCCGGGCGGAGCUCAAUGACAAAGUCCACAAGCUGCAGAAUGAAGUGGAAAGUGUCACGGGCAUGCUCACUGAGGCCGAGGGGAAGGCCAUCAAGCUGGCCAAGGAGGUGGCGUCCCUUGGGUCCCAGCUCCAGGACACCCAGGAGCUGCUCCAAGAAGAAACCAGGCAGAAGCUCAAUGUGUCCACCAAGCUGCGCCAGCUAGAGGACGAGAGGAACAGCCUGCAAGAGCAGUUGGAUGAGGAGACAGAGGCCAAGCAGAACCUGGAGCGUCACAUCUCCACCCUGAACAUCCAGCUCUCCGACUCCAAGAAGAAGCUGCAGGACUUUGCCAGCACUGUGGAAUCCUUGGAAGAAGGCAAGAAGAAGUUCCAGAAGGAAAUUGAGAGUCUCACCCAGCAGUUUGAGGAGAAAGCAGCUGCUUACGAUAAACUGGAAAAGACCAAGAACAGGCUUCAGCAGGAGCUGGAUGACCUGGUUGUGGACUUGGACAACCAGCGGCAACUGGUGUCCAACCUGGAAAAGAAGCAGAAGAAGUUUGAUCAGUUGUUAGCCGAGGAGAAGAACAUCUCUUCCAAGUACGCAGACGAAAGGGACAGAGCUGAGGCCGAAGCCAGGGAGAAGGAGACCAAGGCCUUAUCCUUGGCUCGGGCCCUGGAAGAAGCCCUGGAGGCCAAGGAGGAGCUGGAGAGGACCAACAAAAUGCUCAAGGCUGAGAUGGAAGAUCUGGUCAGCUCCAAGGACGACGUGGGCAAGAACGUCCACGAGCUUGAGAAAUCUAAGCGGGCCCUAGAGACGCAGAUGGAGGAGAUGAAGACACAGCUGGAGGAGCUGGAGGACGAGCUGCAAGCCACCGAGGACGCCAAGCUGAGGCUGGAGGUCAACAUGCAGGCCCUCAAGGGCCAGUUCGAGAGGGAUCUCCAGGCCCGGGACGAGCAGAACGAGGAGAAGAGGAGGCAGCUGCAGAGACAGCUUCACGAGUAUGAGACGGAACUGGAAGACGAGCGGAAGCAGCGUGCCCUGGCGACGGCGGCCAAGAAGAAGCUGGAGGGCGACCUGAAGGACCUGGAGCUUCAGGCCGACUCGGCCAUCAAAGGGCGCGAGGAGGCCAUCAAGCAGCUUCGAAAGCUGCAGGCUCAGAUGAAGGACUUCCAGAGAGAGCUGGACGACGCCCGUGCCUCCAGGGACGAGAUCUUUUCCACAGCCAAAGAGAACGAGAAGAAAGCCAAGAGUCUGGAGGCAGACCUCAUGCAGUUACAAGAGGAUCUGGCCGCAGCAGAAAGAGCCCGCAAACAGGCAGACCUGGAGAAGGAGGAGCUGGCAGAGGAGCUGGCCAGCAGCUUGUCCGGAAGGAACGCGCUGCAGGAUGAGAAGCGCCGCCUAGAGGCCCGGAUCGCACAGCUGGAGGAGGAGCUGGAGGAGGAACAGGGCAACAUGGAGACCAUGAAUGACCGUGUCCGUAAAGCCACACAGCAGGCUGAGCAGCUCAACAACGAGCUGGCCACAGAGCGCAGUGCGGCCCAGAAGAACGAGAGUGCACGGCAGCAGCUCGAACGGCAGAACAAGGAGCUCCGGAGCAAGCUGCAGGAGAUGGAGGGGGCGGUCAAGUCCAAGUUCAAGUCCACUAUUGCAGCCCUGGAGGCCAAGAUUGCACAGCUGGAGGAGCAGGUCGAGCAGGAGGCCAGAGAGAAGCAGGCGAUGACCAAGUCUCUGAAGCAACGGGACAAGAAGCUGAAGGAGGUGCUGCUGCAGGUGGAGGAUGAGCGCAAGAUGGCCGAGCAGUACAAGGAGCAGGCAGAGAAAGGAAACGUCAAGGUCAAACAGCUCAAGAGGCAGCUGGAGGAGGCAGAGGAGGAGUCGCAGCGCAUCAAUGCCAACCGCAGGAAGCUGCAGCGCGAGCUGGAUGAGGCCACUGAGAGCAACGAGGCCAUGGGUCGCGAGGUGAACGCGCUCAAGAGCAAGCUCAGAGGGCCCCCCCAACAGGAAACCUCGCAGUGACUCACCAGGCGAGGAAACGAGACCUCAUUUGUUCCUUCUAGAAGGUCUGGGGGGCGUAGAGUUAUUGAAAACGCAGAUGGUUCUGAGGAGGAAGUGGACGCUCGCGAUGCAGACUUCAAUGGAACCAAAUCCAGUGAAUGAACGAGUUUUGCACCACAGCAGGAAGAGACCUCACCAAAGGACAAAUCAACUAAAGCCAACCCAGCAGAUCCAACUCCGUUUUCAAAUCUCAAACAUCACAGACACUCCUCACGAUGAUUAUAAAAACCACCGCCCUCAAGUCUGGGAACAGAACUUACGUUUUUAUGAUGUGCCAAAGGAGAAAAUCCCAAGAGGAACACAAACACUCCCUUCUUGCUCUAGAGAUGGAUUGGGCAGAGCUUUGAGGAAAAUGCAGCCAUGGUAACCAGUCACUGGCAACUUCGUUUACAUGACAUGGGGACAAAGUCACCACGACAGGUGCCACUGCCCCGCUCCCAGUUCAUUGCCUAACCCGUGUGCCCUUCUGACUCCCCGAGUAAGGCUCUGGUUUGAGAAUCCUUGCUCCCUGUCCUGGCUUCCACACCUCAGACAUGCACAGUUCACCCCGCCCAAGUGCCUUCUGUAGUCACAAGCAGUGAGGAGGAGACACUGUUCCAUGGACAAGAGCAGGGACGGUCCACUGUCUUAUGUGCACCCAAUUGUACUUCUGGACACCUUCACUAAUAAAAGGUCAUAAUAGGU